AUGGCAUUAAACCAACAGAAAGUAUGUAAGCUGAGCGCUCGGGGGACGGGGGGAAAACGAUGCCCCGGGCAGUUGAGCCCCCGUGGGCACCGUCCUGGAGUCGGGCCACCCCGACAGGCGUCGCCCGCCGGGAAUCCCCGGACAGCUGGCCGGCGCAGGGCGUCCAGGAGCGGCGCGCGACCGUCCUUCCCCAGCACAGCCCCCCGACUAGCUAGCUCGUCGGCGACCGCGACCGCCGCCGGCCUCCCCGCCCUCCUCCGCCGGACGCCGCCGAGGGCUGAGGUCAGAAAAACAAUAAAGGAGUCGCGGGAAGAGGACGCCGCCCCCUCCCGCCGCCCCGGAGCCCGCGCGCAGGUGAGCCUGCGCCGCGGCCUCGCCCAGGUGCAGCCGCGCGGGGCGGACACACGCCGACACGGGCCGCGGGGCAGCCCGGGACCCUGCACCGCCCGCCGCCCGCCGCCCCGCACUCACCAGCGCCCGCCGGCUCCUCGGCGGACGCUCGGCCGCCUCCCCGAUCGCCUCAGCCGGCGCGGCGCUCCCAGAGCCCGGCCCCGCCCACCCCGCCCCGGUGCGGCCGCGCUCCUCACGCCCAACUUCACGUCGGCCCUCCGCCCGCAGCACCCACGCCGCCGCGGCCCCGGCUCCCACAGCCACCGAGCUGCCGGAGCGGCGCCCACGACGGCCAGUCCGCACACUGCGCACGCGUGCCCGCGCCGCCUCAGCCCCCAGACGGCGGCCGAGAUUCCGAAGCCGGCACUCCCAGCCCGCGGAGACUACAAGUCCCGGCAGGCCCCGCGCGGGUCCCGGCAGCGUGGCGGGCCGGGCAUCGGGCGUCUUCCUAAUUCCAGAGGAGGUGGCCUCGGCGUGUCGGGGCGGGCCGCGCGUGGAGCCCUGGUCCACUGCGCCGCGGUGCCUCCUGGGACUGGUAGUUUUCGAGGAGCAGGGGCUUGGCUCGGAGUGGGCGGGGCGGAAACUCGGGGUUCUCUGAUGUCAUCGGCUAGAGCUUCGCGGCAUGGGGAUCUUUAAAAAUAGGCUUCGCUCGUUUGCGAAUAAUUUGUUUGCAAGCUGUUCCAUAAUCGGUCCAGGAAGCAUAAAUUGACAGGCCGCUGUGUGACCUGGAGAAAAACGCUUUACAGCUCUGCGUGCCAAUUCUUUGCUCGUAACCGUUUCUCCCUGGAACUAUGGGUUCCACCUCCUACUGUAUAGGACAGGAGGCUUAGAGAAACUUGAAGGAUUAACUGAAAUUCUUUCGGGAAAGAUGGAGCAUAAAUAUUAUUCUCAUGACUAUUCAUAAAUGUUUAACAUCUUUGUUGCGCACCUACUAUGUGCCAAGUCCCAUGGUAGACGCUAAGCGUACGUCUGAGAGCGAGACAGACACCGUCCUGUCCUCACGGAGCCUGCAAUCUGGGAAGGGAGAUCUCCUUAAGCAACAUCAUUUUAGAUUUUACUUACGUGGAGAAACGGAGAUUUUAGCUGUUUUGUUCAUCACGGUGUCUUCAGUGCCUAGAACAGAAAUAUUUGUUCCAUGGUGAAGGCCGCCAGCCAACUUCACAGUCAGAAUCAGAAGUUAACGGAAGAGGCAACUCCAGAAGUAAACCCUUAUUCUCGCUACAAAUCAGAACCAAUGUGGUACAAGAAUUAAACAUGAACCAAACACUCUGGGAACCCAGCUUUGUUCCUGUCAUGUCUCCUCCAGAAACUGAGUAGCAGAGAGUGAAAAACAGCUCCUCCCUAAUUUUCAGUUUAAAAAUGAAACCUGUGUGGCGCCCGGGUGGCUCAGUCGAUUAAGCGUCCAACUUCGGCUCAGGUCAUGAUCUCACAGUUCCAUGAGUUUAAGCCCCACAUCAGACUCUCUGCUGUCAUCGUGGAGGCCGCUUUGGAUCCUCUGUCCCCCUCACUCUGCCCUUCCCCUGCUCACUUGUGCUCAGUCUCUCUCUCUCUCUCUGUCAAAAAUAAAUAUUUUUUUAAGUUACAAAAAAUAAAAUAAAAAAUAAAAAUGAAACCUGUAGCCGUCAGUGGGGUUGCUGUUCUGGUUGAGGAGGCGGAAGGCUGGCCCUCCCAGCCUUCCCACGUACUGAGCCUCAGCCAAGCGAUAUGAAGGAUGAGUCUCAGUAAUUACCCAGGGUGGGGCGGAUUAAGUGACCUACCCAGAAUACAGAUCAGGUGACUGGAUGCUCCUUCUGGAGCUCACUCUUGUGUCCCAAGGCUGGAGGGCAAUCAGGAAGGAACUAUGAAGGACUGCUCACCAAGUCAUGCUCACAGAGAUGCGAGAACAGGAUUUCGUAACAGGUCAGCAACCAACCCAAACUCCAGGCUCAACAAGAAAAAAAAGGGGGAUCAGGGGAGAUAAUUGCCUCCGGGAUUUUUAGGGAGCGGAACCAGGUAUGUUCUGCCUUGGAAUCAUCAGGCAAUAAGGAAUGGAACCUGAUGCAGAGUAUUUAUUGCCUAAUUCCACAGGACCCCUAAAAGUCCUCAGCACCCACUGUGAUCUCUGGGGUCUGGUGAGGCUCCAGCCCCAUCACACACCCCAGUUAGGUCAUACUUUAAUUCUCUUGACCGCAUGUGGCAGGUCUGGGAUGCUGGUAAGGCCUAAAGUCGUGGAGCACAGAAUGCCUGCUCUCGUCCAAACAUGUGGAAUCUUGCUCCAGGGUAGCAUAAAAAUGUGAAAAGGAAGAUUUUCUGAAGCCAAAGUGUGUGUCCAGGACCACGGCUGGGGAGCUAAGUGGAGGAACAUUCUAGAAAGUAAAGAGCUCUUUCUCCCAGACAGAGAUGGGAGAAGAUCUGGGAAUGAAUCCAUUUUGGGCUUCACACAUCCCUCAGCCUGUGGGAAUUCCUCCU